GUCCACCUCGCGGGCGCAGUUGGCGAGGUUUCGAGUUUGCGCGUCUUAGGCGUGAAGGGGCACUCCCGGUUGCCGAACGAUGAUGCGGAUAUAAUUAUGCUAUAGCAACAGCUUUAACAGCCAUGCUGCCUGAAGAUGGUAAGUGCGUGCCGGAGGCUGCUGGCGUGCUGGCGCGGUCCUUUUGCGACCUCCCUACAGCCAUACUCGCCGAUGUGCUGCGCCGCCUGCGGCCCUUGGAUAAGGCCGCGGUGGCAGCCACAUGCCACACGCUACUAUUUCUGGUAACGGAUACAACAGGUGGCGCCGGCGCCGGGCUUGGUGGGCUGGAGGCCUGGCGGCAGAGGGCGGAGCGCCACCGAGCCGUCAUCGAUGGCGACUGGCGUGCCUUGCUCCACGCAACCGCCCCACAGCCGACCCAAAACCCCACGUCGCAGGCCCUGGCCUGCCAUCCUCAUCCGGCGCACAGCCUUCGGCCUGACACGCCCUUCACUCAGCCCAGCGCCUUGCCCAGCGCAGCUGGCGGCGCCGCCGCCGCCGCAAGCCGCCACAAGCCGACCUCGCCAGCACGCUGCGGUGCUGGCGCAGCGCGGCUCAGGCUCGAGCGCGGACACAUGUUUCAGCCCCCUGCCGAAGCCGCGGCGGCAGCGGCGGUGCUGUUGAGUGAUGGGCGGGUGGCGAUGCUCGCUGACAGCCAUGCUGCCGUGCUGGCCGCCCACCAUCCGCCGCGCGACGGCGAGGCGGCGGCGACGGCGGUGGCGGUCGCCGCCGCAGGCGAUCGCGACCAUGCGCUUCCCGCCCCUGCAGCGCCGGCCUCCGUCGGUGGGAAGGGCAGGCAUGGCGACCCCGGCACUUGGCCGGUUCCGGGGCUGCCGGUGACGCACGUGACGCACCUGCCGGCCGCCCACACGCUGUGGCUGGCACCCGAGCUGCCCGCGGCCGCGCAUCUGGCCCCCGCCGCAUGGCCCCAGCCGUCCACCUACCGGCCCGCGCUGCAGCCGCCGCUGGUGCCCCCGCUGCUCGGAGAAUCCGUGGUCACGGACGCGGGGGCGGCGAGCCAGUCGGGGCCCAUGCGGCCCCUUGGAACCAGGGCUGCGGGGUCAGGAGCGGAGGCGGGCGCGGGGGCGGGGCCGGGGGCCGGGGCCCGGGUGGGGUUGGAGGCGAGAGGCGGCUGUCCAGGUGACGGUGUGGCUGGCGAUGGUGCGGGUGCGGAUGGAGGUGGUGGCCUGGUGUUGGGGUCGGGGGCGGCGUGCCUGCCGGCGCACCCGACCAGCCCAGCCUGCAGCGCAGAGGCGGUGCAGCUGUUCGCUUCCUUCGUCACGCGCCUCGCGCAGCACGCGCGCGGCGCGGCCGCGGUCCCGCAGCGGCGCCAGCGGCAGCAGGGUCAGUUGGAGCCGGUGGCGCCGACCUACGUGGAUCUGUCGUACCAUGGGCUGUACGGCAGGGCGACGGGUGUAGCCCUGACCACAGCUGCGUUGGCGGUUGGGAACCAGUGGCCGUCGGCCUUUGAGGGGGAGGGGGGCAGUGACCAUGGUGACGGCGUCGCUGAGCCCGACGGCGACAGCGCGGCACUAGCGGCCCUCCUGCAGGUUGCACAUCGGAGCCAUGAAGGCUCGCCGCUUGCUUUGGCGCUCCUGGCGGCGGCGGAGAUGCCCCCCGAGGGUGGCGGCAGUGUACUGCUGCCGCACCUGCACACUCUGGUGGCCACACACUCGGCGGCUGCGGGUCUGCAAGAGCUGCGGCUGCUGGGGAGAGCGGGCUGUUGCCGCAACCUCACCGCCCUCGACCUGUCCGGCUGCCCGCUCGCGCCGCCAGGCAUUUUAGCUGCGGCGGCAGUAGCCGCGCACUCAGCAGCCGCAUCCGCGGCUGUAGCAGCAAGGGCUGCUGCGGGCAGCCGCAACGGGUCAUCCUCCAGGCGAGCUAACGGCGGGGGUGGCAGAGACCCGGCGGGUGCGCUGGGGGCUGCCAUGCCACCUGUGAACAGGUGGGCAGGCGGCGUGGCGGCGGCGGCGGCGGCAGCAGCUACAGCGGCAGCGGCUGGGCAGCCGGCGGGGGCGGAGGCGCUGGCGGCGGCAGCGGUGGUGGCACGGGCCUGGGGCGGCGAGCUGCGACAGGCGGUGGCGCGACUGGAGUGCUUGCAAGACCUGCGCCUGUGUGACCUCGAGCUGGGCGGCUUCUUCGACAACGGCAACCGAAGCGGCAGUAGCAACAGCCGCAGCAGCAGUAGCAGCGUUGCUCGUGGUGGCGCUGCUGCUUCUGCCAAGAGCGCUGCUGCUGCCACCAAGGGUGCGGCUACUGCCAAGGGCUUGCCCCCCAAUGGAACCGCUAGUGCCAAGGCCGCAAGCGCCACAGCGAGCCGGCCAUCUGCUACAGCCAUCUCAUCUUCCAGGGCUGCUGCGGCCACCACGGCGGCUGCUACAGCUGCCGACGACUGGCUGACGGUGCUACAGCCGGCGCUGCGCCGCCUCCAGCGCCUGGAGCUGAACGGCUCUUCGGGCGUUGGGCCAGAGCAGCUGAUGGCGCUGCUACAGCUUACUGCGGUGCCGGAGGCUGUAGCCGGGGCCGCGGCUGGCGGGGAUUUUACGGCGGCGGGAGUGGCAGUGGCAGUGGGGGCUGGCAGCGGUGAGGCCAGGGAUCCCUGUGGCUGCCGGCUGCGGCUGCAGCACCUGGGGCUCAGCCGCUGUCGCGACCUGGCGCCCGCGGCACUGCCGCCGCCGAUGCUGCGGACGGCGGCGCCGCCGAUACCUCGGGCGGCGGCGGCGGCGCCGCCACUGGCGCCACUUCCGACGGAGUGUGUGCCACACCGGGUGCCUCCUGGGUGCGGCGCGCGCCUGCCUCAGGCAGAGGCGGCACCGGUUGCAGCGCAAACCCCUUCGGCGAGCGACUCGUCUGGAGAGGAGGGAGAUGCAAAGGAGGAAGCGGAAGUGGAGGUUGAGGCGGCGGUGGCGGAGAGGGCUGAGGUGGCGGCGGAGGUGGCUCAGGGGCAGCAGCUUGCAGGCUUGCACGGCCUGAGAAGCCUGGCCGUGGGGUGGGGCUUCAACACCGCCGCCGUGCUGCGCCUGUGCGGCUGCGGCAGACCAGCGGUCCCCGCCUCCACGCACCCCUCCUCCUCCGCCUUCUCUGCCUCCUCUUCCCUGCCAUCAUCCACCGCCACUCCCUCCACCACCUCCACCACCGCCGCCGCCUCGCCUCCUGCGCCCGCCCCGUGCCCGCCCCCUCCGCCGCACCGCUCUCUGGUGCUCUCGCGCCUGGAGCUGGGGGUGGGGGCGGCCGUGGACGACGUGGGGCUGCGGGCGCUGGCCGCCGCCUGCCCGCACCUGCAGGCGCUGCGGCUGGAGAUGGCGGGCGUGUCGGGCGCCGGGCUGGGGGAGCUGCUGGCGGCGUGCUGCAAGCUGCACGAGCUGCACCUCAUCCACUGCCUGGGCCCCUUCCGGCGGGAGGACCUGCUGCGGCCGCUGGGCUGGCUGGCGGAGCAGAAGGCGGCGGUGGGGGGGCAGCAAGGACUGGCGAUGCAGGGGCAUGAGGCGGAGGGGCACGAGGGGCAGGAGGGGCAGAGGGAGGGGUUGGAAGCUGCCGCGGCCGCGGAGGCAGAAGAAGAAGAAGAAGCACCGCCACAGCAGCGGCGGCGGUGUGUACGGCAGUGCGUACGGCGGCGCUGUGUACGGCGGUGGGCCAUGUCUGACCUGCAGCUGGUGGGCGGCAGUGCCACGGAGCUGUACGACGACGACCUGCUCUCACUCCUGUACGGCAGGCCGGUCGGGCAGCUGGCAGCAGGAGGCAGCGAGGUUGGAACAGGCGGCGGCGGCGGCAGCGCGCGCACCGAUGGUGCUGCUGGUGCUGAGCACGCGGCGCGGAUACCGCUGCCGCUGCCGCUGCCGCUGCCGCUGCCGCCUUCGCUGCCUCCCCUGCGCCGGCUGCGCACGCUGGCGCUGGUGGGCGUGGCGGGGCUGUCGGUGGGGCUGCUAGGGGAGCUGCGCCGCCGCGGCACGCCUGCACUGAGUCAGCUGCGGCUGGAGCAGACCGGCUACCAGCGACCGCGUGUGGGUCGUGUUCAGGCCCAGGCGGGGCGUGGCCGCGCCGCUGGUGUGGUGGCGGUGGAGGAGGGCAGUGGCAGGGGUGGUGCGGCCGCCGCUGCGGCAUCACAGGUGGCGGAGGCGGAGGAGGGGGGAACACAGCAAGGACAGAGAGAAGGGGAGGUGGGGGACGCGGGGCGGCGGCCGUUUAGCUGCGAGGCGCUGCUGGGAUGGCUUACGACCUGUGGGGCGCUGAGCAACCUGCGGCUGCGGCACUGCUGCCAGCUGUCGCCCGACGUGGUGUCCCGCCUGGCGGCCGCCUGCCCCCGCCUGGAGCAGCUGAUGUUGGACGAGUGCGACCUGCCCGCCUGCGGCUUCGAGGCGCAGCCGUCGCCAUAUGGCGCGCUAUCGUACGUUAUGCUGGCUCGGUGCCGGGCAGACAGUGUGCGGUGCCUGCUGGGCGGGCCGGCGCCGGCCGAUGUGGCAAGGGCAAGGGCGGGGGGAAGCGGGGGUGCGAAAGAGGCGGAGGCGGUUGGCGUGUCGUCGUACUUGUCGUCGGUGUGGUGGCUGCCGGUGGAGCGUGACGUCAAGGUCAUUCGGUUCUGCGAUGGAGCGGUGACCAAGAUGCAGUUGUUUUGAUGCUGGGCGGGAGUGGCGGAGGUGCAGAGGAAGGCGACUAGGCGAGACAGACCUCGUGGGCGAAGCCGCGGAGGGGGGCUAAGCAGGCGGGACACGCAGGCGGAAUGUAAGCCCCAAUUUGG